AUGACUUCUUAUCUCGAUCCCAUGUUCAUUGGCCUCUCCAUGACAUCCCUCGUUACCCUCCCUUUCAUCUCCCGAUGGGUCCUACAACGGAUCACUUCUCUCAAAACCUCCCAGAAAGAACCCCCAACAAACCACGAGAAUGUCACCAUAUCAGAAUAUGAAAAAAUCCUCCAAACCACACUCUCCGCCCUCUCAAUCCCUCCAACCCACUACGCACCCCCCUGCGCAGAACUAACCGACCAGAUCUUCUCGCGCAUCCAAGCCGUCACCCCCAACCAAGCCCAAGCCCUAGCCCUCUCUCAUAUCGGCGCCCUCGCCGCCAUCUCCUUCUACCCUUCCCACUCCGCACACCUCCACCUCCUCAUCGGCCUGUAUACAGCCUUCUACCUCGUCCUUGACGACACAGGAGAUACUCUGACCGAUCAAAUCCCUCUCUUCGAGCUGCUGAUUUCUCUAUUCCAUGAAUUCGAUAUCGUCUUUUCAUCUUUCACCGCUAAUAAACUCUUCUCUGGUAUCUUAUCCUCUCUUGCUCCUUUGGAAGUGGAAUUCGACCGUACUACUAUAUCCACUACCACCACCUCCCCCACAGCAUCAAUCUCCCCUCUGUUCCCGCGAUACUUCCGAAACAUGACCGGCAGCCCCGAAGCAUACGUCUACUUCCUCCUAACGAACGAGAUCUUUACACCUUCCCGUCCGAAAAGCCUUCUGCAUACCGUUCCCGAACUAUGGAAUCUCACUGAUGAACUGAAUGAUCUGUUCUCGUUCUAUAAGGAGUCGAUUGUGGGGUUGGAGCGUGAUACGUAUGUUUAUGACAAGGCGAGGGCGGAUGGCGUGGAGGUGGGCCGGGUUCUCAGGGACAUUGGGGAGGAGGCUGUUUCUAGGGUUAGACGGAUUGAGAGGAUUUUGGAGGGGGAUGAGGUGUUGGGGGAUUUGAUGAGGAGUUUCGUGAUGGGGCAGGUUAGGUUUUAUUUCGUGGCCGAGAGGUAUCGGUUGGGGAGGUUGGGGUUGAAUUUGGCUGGUGAGGCUGUUGAGAAAGUGGAUAGAUAG